GCCUACUGCUCCUGGAGAACUAGUGAGUGCAAGUGAUUUUGAAGGAUUUGAAAUUAUUUUCAGCUUAAGAUUAAAAUGUCAAAUGAUGCGGAAGAUCCUGAAGGUGGAGAUGCCAGAACGUCUUUGGAUGCUUCUUCACCGUCUUCCAGUCACCAACCAAGUUGGUAUAGUAGCUUACUUGAGCAGGCAUCCGUUUAUGGUAUAGCUGCAGGGUACUGUCUUUCAGCAUCAUUGCUCUCCAUCAUUAACAAGUGGGCCAUAAUGAAAUUUCCUUACCCCGGAGCACUAACUGCAUUGCAGUACUUCACAAGUGUAGCUGGAGUUCUCAUGUGCGGAUGGCUCAAGCUUAUAGAACCCGAUAAACUUGAUCUUCGAACAAUGUGGCGAUUCCUACCUGCAGCAAUUAUAUUCUACCUAUCUCUUUUCACGAACAGUGAGCUUCUCCUCCAUGCCAAUGUUGAUACUUUUAUUGUCUUCAGAUCAGCAGUCCCCAUCUUUGUUGCAAUAGGAGAGACCCUCUACUUGCACCAGCCGUGGCCAGCAAUGAAAACGUGGUUGUCACUUGGUACAAUCUUUGCUGGUAGCGUGCUGUAUGUCAGUACAGAUUACCAGUUCACGCUUACAGCUUACAGCUGGGCCUUGGCAUAUUUAGUGAGCAUGUCUAUUGAUUUUGUUUACAUCAAGCACGUGGUUAUGACAAUUGGUCUGAACACAUGGGGUCUUGUGCUGUACAACAAUCUUGAGGCUUUGUUGCUUUUUCCUAUAGAGCUCCUUAUCAUGGGUGAAUUGAAGAAGAUUAAGCAUGAAAUUGAGGAUGAGUCAGAUUGGCACAGCUUUCAAGUGGUUUUACCAGUAGCCCUGUCGUGUUUGUUUGGUUUAGCCAUCUCUUUCUUUGGAUUUUCUUGUCGUAGAGCAAUCUCUGCAACAGGAUUUACUGUUCUUGGCAUAGUUAAUAAACUUUUGACAGUGGUGAUAAAUCUAGUCAUAUGGGAUAAACACUCCAAACUUAUUGGAACAGUGGGGCUGUUGAUCUGCAUGUCUGGUGGCGUUAUGUACCAGCAGUCUACAAGCAACAAGCCUAAGGAUGUGAAAGAUGUAAAUCCACAAGUAUCUGCGGAGGAGGAGGAGCAACAGAAACUGCUUGAAAUGCAAAGCAACACGCACAGCAGUGACAGUCAGAAGCAAGAUACAGAAUCUGGAGACGGGAAACAGUAACUCGUUCUUGGAAUUUCCUUCUUCAUUCUUACAUACAAUAUUCAAUUGUACUCUGCAUAGAAACCUUCCUCUUAAUUUUAAUGCCAGAUGGGGGUAACUUCUAUAUCAUUUUACUAGGAAGCAGCUUUUGUGAAUGGAAAAGCAAUCGUAGUGGUG